AUGAGUUCUCCGAACAGGACAAAAUUGCCUACUCCAGGUCCCGUCUCCCCGGCAGGAAGGAAGUCGCCCACACCAGGUCUUGCACAGUCGCCCACGCCUGCUCCCUUGUCUCCAGUGGCCGAUGAGCCUUCAGAGCCCAUUGGUCUCUUAGCCGGCUCGCAUUGGGCUGAGCAGGAGCUUUCGCUUGAUGAUGAUGCCGACUCGACGCUAGGCAGCGACGCCGAGAGUUCAACCGCUUCAAUCAGCUCUAGUAUUAUGAGAUAUCGUACGAUCAGAGGCCGCACGUACCACAGUGAUGCUGCUACAGAUCAUGAAUAUUGGGGCCCAAACGACGAAAAGGCAAAUGAGAUGCUAGAUAUUUUCCAUCACUUCCAGACUCUGUUGCUCGACGGAAAGCUGUAUACGGCCCCUAUCAAGGAUGAUAUUGAGAAUGCACUUGAUGUUGCCACUGGUACCGGACUUUGGGCGGUCGACUUUGCCGACGAGCACCCUAAUUGCAAUGUAAUCGGUACCGACAUUUCACCGAUCCAACCCAGUUGGGUUCCUCCCAACCUUCACUUCGAUAUCGAUGACGCUACCAAGCCAUGGACCUACCGUGAAGAUUUCUUUGAUUACGUCCAUAUUCGCUGGCUCACUGGCGUAAUUCGCGAUUGGCCUGCUUUAUAUAAACAGGCGUACAAGUGUAUGAAACCAGGCGCUUGGAUUGAACACAUCGAUGGCGAAGUAAACCUGGUCUGCAACGACGGGACUAUGCCCGAGGACUCUGCCUUAUACCAAUGGGGAAAAAUCUGGACCGAGGUGGGUAGAAAGACGGGGGUUGCCAUCAAUAUGGCGGAUUCGGGUUGUAUGGAAAAUGGCGUCAAAGAGGCGGGCUUCACCAACAUCCAGGUCAAGGACUACCUGGCUCCAUGCUCCGGUUGGCCAACUGACCCAAAGCAAAAGGAGCUUGGGCUCUUUAACAUGGUCUACUUGACGCAGGAUCUCGAGGGUAUCUUCGCGUACUUCCUCGGCGAGGUCAUGGGUUGGAGUGAUGAGGCAUUGGCUGGCUACGCUGCUUGCGUUCGCAAGGAAUUCAAGGAGCAAAAGAUCCACGCAAACUGGAAGUGGCGCGUGGUUCUUGCGCAGAAGCCGCUGGAUGCUUAG